AUGGAUAAACUUGAUUUAGUUAAACCAAUAAGACUCUCCACCAGAAUUAUAAAAUUCCUCGGCUUAUGGAGACUCAACAACGAAUACAACUCACUUUACAGAAUCUACUCUUAUCUCCUGCACUUCUGCACAAUCUUCUCAACAACAACUUUUAUGUUGAUCAAAGUUGGAACAGCUAAAACCUUAGAAGAAUUCACUGAACCUCUAUUCCUUACUUUUACUAUGGUUGGUGCUUCGAUAAAAGUGAUAAACAUCCUACAUUUGAAUGAUGUAGCUGUUGAGUUGAUGGUUUUGAAAAAUGCCCUACGGAUGUUUUAUAUCGUGGCGUUAGUUUAUACGGGAGCAAGUUUUGCGGUUCUUCUCUUCGGAUCGAUUAUAAUUGCCUUUGGACAGAAGUGGGUGCUGCCCUAUCCAAUGUGGCUGCCGUUUGAAUAUCAAUACGAAUCAAAGUACUACUGGCUUGCUUAUGGCUAUCAAUUUGUGGGAUUACUCGUGGGAUGCUUGUCAAACGUAUCUCUCGACUUGUUGCAAUGCUUUUACCUGAGGAGUGUUUCUUUGAUAUAUUUCGUGAUUGGCAGUCGUUUGGGCGACAUUGUCAAUGAUUAUGCGGAUGUUUCUGACAGUUCUGAAAUGAAUUACAUCUUUUUGGAGAAAUUGAAAGAAAUAUUACGUUUACAUAAUUUUGCCAAAAAGUUAACAGAAAAUUGUCAACGAAUCUUAUCUUUGCCGAUUUUUGUUCAGGUUCUGUUCAGUGCGUUUGUCUUAUGUUUCACUGGAUACCGAUUGAGUUCUAUGUCAAUUACUGAAACUCCAGGUCGAUUUAUUGAAAUGAUAGAUUUUCUAUUUGUCAUGGGACUGCAAAUCUACUUACCUUGUUACUAUGGAAAUCAAAUAACUCUUGAAGCUGGCAAGUUGAGUGAUGCACUUUUUAGUUCGAAUUGGACAGUUUUACCUGUGAAAUCUAAGAAGAUUAUAUAUUUGUACAUGGAGUUUCUGAAAGAGCCAAUUUACGUUAAGGCAGGGAAAUUUUUUCAAAUCGGAAUACCAACCUUUGCAAAGACUGUUAAUAAUGCGUACAGCUUUUUCGCCGUUUUAAUUCGCGUGCAAAAAUAG